AGAUAUCUAAGGAAGUUUUUCUUGUUUUAUAUUAAAAAUAAAUUUAUUUAUUUAUUUAUUUAAUUGGAUAAUUAAUAAAAAUUAAUAUAACAAAUCUGGUUAAAAUAAUGACAAAUUUUUAAAAUAGUAUAUAUUUAAUCUCAAUUUAAAUAUUUGAAGUAAAAACACUAACAUAUACUAAUAAGUAUUUGUAAGAUAAUUAUAUCUGCAAGUGCAGACGUAACAUCUACUUUCUUACAAAAAUGCAUAAAUUAUUAUUUAUACUUCAAUGAUAAUAGUAAUUGUUAAAAAAUGUGAAUGGUGCUGCUAAUCAUAUUAUUAAUUAGUAUUGUUAAUGUAGAAAACAUUAUUAUGGGAUUUAUAACUGAAUUGGCUUAUGAACAAAACGAGAAGACAGAGUCAAUCACAUGGAUGGUUGUGGAUAAAACAAAAACACCACUCUCCAUAGUCCAUACACCAUCCUCUCAAUCUUUCUUCAUCCUCACUGUUUGUUUGCUAUCGAAGAAUCGUUUCUGUUCUAGUUUCAAUGGAAGCUAGAAGGCUCGGGAUCCUCUGUUCCCACCUCAACCCAUCUUCUCCGUACACGACGCGAGACUCCAUUCUCAGGGCUUCCGAUUGCACCUCAGGUUCAACCAGCGACGAGAAAGUCGACUCAUCCAAUCUCCAAAACGACUGCGUUUUCUGCAAGAUUGUCCGUGGCGAGUCUCCGUCUCUAAAGUUGUACGAGGAUGACAUGUGCUUGUGUAUUUUGGAUACGAGCCCACUUAUCCAUGGGCACUCUCUUAUCAUUCCAAAGUUACAUUAUCCAACCUUAGAGCAAACUCCUCUCUCAGUAGUUGCUGCCAUGUGUUCCAAAGUGCCUCUCAUCAGUAAUGCCAUUGUUAAAGCUACAGACAGUGACUCAUCACUGAACCAAGAUUCUAACUCUCAUCAGAUUCAUUUAACUUACUUGUUAACAACGGAGCAGCAGCUGGGCAAGUCAUAUUUCACACGCACAUUCACAUAAUCCCACGUAAGGAACGUGACUGUUUAUGGGCUUCCGAGAGCUUGCGGAGACACACGAUGAAACUGGACAAGGAAGCAACUCAACUGGCGUUGCGUAUUCGAGAACAGUUGUGUAGUGUUCCCAAAGAACAGAUGGUUCAGCCUUCAUCUUAAGUCCCUUUUCAAGAGACCCAUUGUAUAAACACUUUUGCCAACCAAGGGGUAUAUUCUGUAUAGUUCAUAUUCAGAGGGCUUUUUUUUUGUAUUUCUAAAUAACAAUUUAAUUCAUAUUUGUAUCUUUGUUUUCGGAAUACUCCAAAGCAAAAAACAAAAAAAAGACUAGUUUCAGUGAGCCA